CAAACCGCAGCAAGGGUGAAAUGACGCGCGUGCAUAGGCAAUUGUCCUGAUAUCAGCUAUUGGCAGUGUCUUACGUAUAAAACUUAAGUAUCCUUUAAAUGAAUCAUCUUGCAUUCAAAGACUCCCAAAAUUAUUGAUUGUUUUAAUUCUUACAUAAUUUUUUCUAAAUGGUUGCUUUUCCCAAAACAGAGUACGUAUUAAUAUUUUACGUCAUCAAUUUGGAAGGAUGGACGCGGUAUUCCAAGAUGAAUAAAGCAAUACAAAUUGCCGAAACCUCUUGUCAAGUAACUAAAGAAGGAAAUGCAAACAAAUACAGGAUAAAGUUGAUCAGUAUUCACCGCGGACAAAAAUAAGUUGAUACAACGAAAGGUUUGCAGAUGGAACUGGAGCAAGCAGCUGCAUUGGAUAAUGCAGCAGAUGUGGAUGAAAACAUACAUUGCCACAGUGAAAGAAACUCAUUUGACAAUGUUAUUGGAGAGAUUGAAGAUAUCAUUAUGGAUGCCAGCUUCCGCUCCGCCGAGCGUGAGUUCGUGGAGCAGCACUACGCGCUGUUCGAGCCGGCCGGCGAGGAGAACCGGCUGGAGUGGAUGGAGCUGUUCGGCCAGUACAGCCGGCUGGUGGAGGGCCACCUGGAGACGGAGCUUCGGCAUCGGCUGCCCGGCUUCGCCAUGGACGCGUUCCUCGCCCAGAUGGCUGAGCGUCCGGAAGACCUGGACGGCGACAUCUUCGACUUGCUGCUCUCCUUCUCCGACUUCAACCACUUCAAGGAGAUGAUGCUAGACUACCGGCGCUUCAAACAGGGCGAGGUGCCCUCCCUGGACGGCAUCAUCACCUCGGUGCGCCCUCCGCGUUGACAUAAAGUCACGGUCGUCCGUGGUCGGCCGCCGUUUCUGGCUCAGGGGUCGUGAAAUCCCAGAUGGAACUAAGCGCGGCUGUGAUCAAUCGGCCGGGUGUGGCCGCUGUUAGUGAUCUCGGUUUAAUAAUCUCGCAAUGUGCCUACAUUCCUAGCGAGACUCGUGGCUCGCGCUCCGCACCCCGGAUGCAGGAAGGAGGAUACUCAGCUAUGCACUGCAUGUAAACACGUGUGUAAUGUGUGCACAGCGUGAUGUGCCGAAUACUGCUGGCACUGUGUUUCAUUCGAUACUUGGCGAGCAAUGGGUAGUUGGGGUUCCCGGAACAGGUACUCAGGUGUUGCACUUGUGUGUUGGUUUUAUGAUGACAGGUGAUAAUAAAGACCAUGUCUCACG